CACAGCUCUCCACGAAAUGGCCUCCUCAGGCCUCGAAAUCGCACAACAUGUGCAACAAAGUCCAGGCCUCGCGAUCAUCGCCCUGCUGGCCGGAGGUGUUACACUGUACACCUUAGGUCGCAUCUUCUACAACCUCUUCCUACAUCCCAUGCGAGACGUCCCCGGUCCAUGGUGGUGGGCAGCUUCGCGAAUCCCAUUCGACUACCAUUCUUUCAACGGCACAGCUCUGCACCGAAUACUCGAACUCCACCGACAAUAUGGCACCGAAGUCCGAAUCGCACCCAACGAAGUCAGUCUUGGAGAUGGCGCAGUUUGGAAAGAAGUCUGGUCAGCAAAACCAGAAUUUCCUAAAGAUCCGCAGUUCACCGAGGCGAAUUUCGAGCCUGUGAAGAAUGUCUUUAUGGCAGAUAAGGAGGAUCAUUCUCGGUUUCGAAGAUUGUUGGCUUAUGCUUUCUCGGCCAAGGGGAUUAAGGAUCAGGAGCCUAGGUUUAUGUAUUAUAUUGAUCUUUUGAUUCAGCGGCUUCAUGAGCAUGCUUCGGAAGGAAAGACGUUGGAUAUGGUUGAUUGGUAUACCAUGACGGUUUUUGAUGUGCUCGGUGAUCUCACCUGGGGAGAACCGUUCAAUGGGCUGAGAGAUCAGGUCGUGCAUAAUUGGGUGGAUGUUUCGAUGCAUGCCACGGAAUUCUUCUUCAAGGCUGGCGCUCUGAUGAAGCAUUACCUUCCUUUCUUGAUCCCGAUCCUCGCGGACCCGAAGUUGGCUGAGGCGCAUAAGCUGAAUAGCUUGUAUUCUGCUCAGUUGACAGAGCGGCGUGCGGACGCUGGGAAUGACGGACCUCGCGGGGACUUCUGGGACAAAGUCUUGAUUAAGAGCGGAGAGAACGAUAAAGGCGAAGGCAUGACGCUGGAUGAGAUGAAGGUCAAUGCUUCGUUCCUGAUUCUUGCCGGGGCUGAGACGACUGCCACGACGCUGAGUGGUGCCACAUAUCUUUUGUGCAAGAACCCCGGAGUUUUGCAAAAGGUGACGCAGGAGGUCCGAACGACUUUUGCGUCCAGCGAUGAGAUCAACCUGGCUACCGUUGGUCAGCUGACAUACAUGCACCACGUCCUUCUCGAAGCGAUGAGAAUGUAUCCUCCUGUGGCAGAUGGCCUUCCACGCGUGCCUCCUCGUGGUGGAGCAGCAGUCUGCGGAAGAUGGUAUCCAGAAGGUAUCAGUAUUCACGCAAAUCAUUUCGCCAUCAACCGUUUACCGGGCAAUUUUGUGCGGCCUGACGAGUUCAUUCCCGAACGCUGGGCAUCUGAUGCAACAGACUUCUCCGACGACAAGAAAGCGAGUUUCCAGCCUUUUGCUGCAGGUACGAGGAACUGUAUCGGACAGAACUUGGCACAUGCGGAGAUGCGAUUGAUUCUGUCCAAGAUCCUGUUCGAUUUCGAUCUCGAGCUGAAUGAAGACAAGAUGGGUGGGAGAGAUUGGUUCGCGACACAGAAGAAUUUUGGUGUCUGGUUCAAGGAUCCUGUUUGGGUGAGGAUGAAGGCGAAGGCGAAGGCGGCUGCUUGAUGGGUUCAAGAUACCGUUGAAGCGAUCAAAGGCCCGGGAGCCAUUCUUGAGGCCAUUGCGUACCACGUCUUUGCGGAUUGCGGCAGGCACGUCUCUCUGUCGCCAGCAGCGCUCACAGCGCUCUCGCAGCUCCAUGAAAGAUCGCAAUUUGUACGACCCCGGGACAAUGCUGAAGGCGCUUUCGAAGCUCAUUUUGAAGAGCUUCGACAGAGGUUUCUUGCACGGCAAACCACGUAUACCGGCGUCAUGAGUAAGGCGCGACAUGAAAAUUGAGAGAUGAAGUAAGCACGAUAGAAGUCGGGCCCGCAUGCCUGAUUUGGUAGAAGAGCAGCGAGUUCUCCGUCACGAGCUUUUGCCAAACGGAGACCGUCCAAUCAAAUUUCACGGGUUCCUGAUUAACCCAAACCUUCACAGACGAC